AUGGAAACAGACAAAGAUGUGGAAGUGGAAGUUCUUUCAGAAGAAGAAGCAUGGGAUCUCUUCAAGGACAAAGUUGGGGAACAAGUGCUAUCAAAUGCAAAUAUACAAUCAAUUGCCAGGGAGGUGGCAAAAGAAUGUGGUGGUUUGCCUCUAGCUAUUGUUGCAGUUGGACGUGCAUUGAGAAACACAACUAACAUAAGAGAGUGGGAGAAUGCAUUGGCAGAGUUAAGAACUUCAAGUACUGGCAUACACACUAUUGAUGAAGUGGUGUGUUCUCGUUUGAAGUUGAGCUAUUCAAAACUAAAGGAUGAUGCAAGGCGAUCGUGCUUUCUAUAUUGUUCCUUAUACCCAAGAGGUCACCUAAUUGAUGAGAAUGAAUUGAUUAAUUAUUGGGUAUGGGAAGAUUUAUUGGAAGGUCCAAACACGUCUGUGAUGAAACGAAAGGGGCAAAUGAUUAUAGAUGAACUAAUAUCAGGAUGCUUGCUGGAAUCGAAGACUGAAAAUGGGGUGAGAUUUGUUAAAUUGCAUCAUGUGGUAAGAGACAUGGCAAUCACAAUCAUGAGUACAAAGCCUAGAUGCGUUGUGAAUGCUGGCAAGGAACAAGUAAAACCAGCAAUACCUCAGAAUGGAGAGAGGAUGUUGCAAUGGGUAUCGUUGAUGAGAAAUGAUGUGAAAUCUAUAGACUUCAGUCCAACGUGUCCUAGACUCACUUCUUUGCUACUUCAAUACAACUCAUUUGAAGAAAACAUAUCGCACCACUUCUUUGACAACAUGCAUGGGCUAAAAGUUCUUAAUCUCUCCUAUACUGGGAUUCAUGUUUUGCCGGCGUCUCUUUCGAAUUUGGAGAAUCUACAUGCCUUGUUGUUGAGCCACUGUUGGAAUCUUGUUGAAGUUCCAUCCUUAGAAAGGCUCACUAAAUUGAAGUAUUUAGAUUUUUCAUUUUCUAGAAAGUUAAUAGAACUUCCACCGGGGAUGGAACAAUUGACUGAUUUGAGACACUUGGAUUUCUCCUUCACAUCUGUCCAAAACUUACAAGCUGGACUCAUAUCCAAAUUUACUCUUCUGGAGGGCUUGUUGAUGUUGGGUACGCAUAUGAUUGGAGUAUCAUCUGAGAGCGAAGUACGCCCUUUGUUUGCAGUGUCAGUGGAAGAAAUCAUAUCCUGUCGUAAUCUGUCUCUUCUACACAUGCAAUUCCUUGACUUUGAAGAUUAUCGAAAAUUUGCUGAAUUUUUGAAUUAUUCUCAAUUAAAGGAGUCGAAGCUUGUUGUCGGGUUUUCAGUUGUUCCAAAAUUAUCUGAGAAAAAUUGUUUGGCAAUAAGUAGGAGAGGCAAGGAAGAGAUGUUUCAGAAGCCCAGACUACUGCAUUGA